CCGCGCGUCGCUUUCGCUCCGCACAGAGACCAACGACGGCAGCAGCAAAGAUGGCCGCGGUGCACUGAACGAAGAAGAGUGCGAGGGCGAUAAAUCAUGGCCAUGUCGAAUUUGUACUCGAAGAAGUCGUCGAAAACUGUAAAGCGAACAGGCGACAACAUGUCGAUCUCGCAGACCAACGCCUGGAUGAACGCAGAAACCCUCAACAAUGGGUCGCUCAGCUUAUCGCCUCCUCCCCACAUCGUCUCGCAAAGGGAGAACCUUCAGGUAAUGCAACCUGCCAGCGCGCCGGGCAGCCCACCGUCCAGUCCCUGCGUGACACCUUCCGGCCCUAACGCCACCUUGGACCCCAACUGGCAAGCCGGAAAAUCCACCGUGAGAGAGAGAAACGCGCUGAUGUUCAAUAACGACCUCAUGGCGGACAUAAAAUUCCUCGUCGGUCCUCCCGGUCAAACUCAAGUGAUACCGGCUCACAAGUAUGUGCUGGCCAUCGGCAGCUCCGUGUUUCAAGCCAUGUUCCACGGAGGUCUGGCCGAGUGCAAGGAAGAGAUCGAAGUUCCAGACGUUGAACCGUCCGCAUUCCUCGCUCUGUUAAAAUACCUCUACUGUGAUGAAAUCCAAUUGGAGGACGACAACGUCCUCGCCACGCUCUACGUGGCCAAAAAGUACAUCGUGCCGCACUUGGCGAAAGCGUGCGUUACGUUUCUCGAAACCAGCCUCACGGCGAAAAACGCUUGCCUCUUGCUCAGCCAAUCGCGGCUCUUCGAGGAACCCGAGCUGAUGCAGAGGUGCUGGGAGGUUAUCGACGCGCAGGCCGAGAUGGCUCUCAAGUCGGAGGGGUUUGUCGACAUCGACAUGUCGACUUUGGAAUCCGUUCUCGGCAGGGAGACGCUCAACUGCAAGGAGAUGAAUCUGCUCGAAGCAGCUCUCAACUGGGCGAUGGCGGAAUGCCAACGCAAAGACCUAGAACCGACCCCUCAGAACAAAAGAGCCGUACUGGGCAACGCUCUGUACUUAAUCAGGAUACCCACGAUGACCUUGGAGGAGUUCGCCAAUGGGGCGGCGCAGAUCGGCAUUCUGACGCAGCAAGAGACGAUAGACAUCUUUUUUCACUUCACGGCCAACAACAAGCCCUCUCUGCACUACCCCAUCAAGUCCAGGGCCGGACUAAAGUCGCAGGUUUGCCAUCGGUUCCAAUCGUGCGCCUACAGGUCGAAUCAGUGGCGUUACAGGGGCAGAUGCGACAGCAUCCAGUUUUCCGUGGAUCGCAGAAUUUUUGUCGUGGGUUUCGGACUCUACGGGUCUUCCAACGGUGCGGCCGACUACGCGGUGAAAAUCGAACUGAAGCGUUUGGGGCGCAUCCUCUCCGAGAGCAACACGAAGUUCUUUUCGGACGGUUCGAGCAACACCUUUCACGUCUACUUCGACAACCCCAUACAGGUCGAGCCGGAGACCUUCUACACCGCUUCAGCGGUGCUUGAUGGGGGCGAAUUGAGUUACUUCGGGCAAGAAGGCAUGAGUGAGGUUACGGUGGGUCAAGUGACGUUUCAGUUUCAGUGCUCGUCCGAGAGCACGAACGGCACUGGCGUGCAAGGCGGUCAGAUUCCCGAGUUGAUAUUUUACGGACCCUCUCACGAAGAACAUUAGGACUAGAUAAAAAAAAUUGACUGAGACUUUAUGAUUUUGUGAUCCAAACUGAAUAUCCCCAAGAGAAUUGUGUUCAAUUUGUUAAGUUGUUUAAGUUAUUGUUACUAGUAGAUACACAUUAACUCUGCACGCUAGUUUAAGUGCUAUUGGUGAGUUGUAGUUUUUUAUGUUGUAAAAAUCCUAUAGAAAAAAAAACGUACCUGGACUGAAGAUAUACAUUUAAUAACAUCCCGCUUUUUUUGAGUUAUUGGUUAUGUUAAUUGUUCUCAAAAAAAUUGACCUUGUCAGUAUGGCAAGCUCCACUGUAUUUAAAAUGUUAUUGUUUAUUACUAUAUAGGUCUUUGUUCCAGUUUUGUGAUAUAACUGACAAAUUAUUUUAUAAAUAAAAAUAUCUAAACAUUCUUUGCUGUUUAUUUUAAAUAAAG